AUGGAGGAGUUGGAAACUGGGUGGAGGUCGAUUGAUGCCUUCCAAAUACCUCCUCCCUGGUACCAGGAAACACAGCCUGUUGUGCCCUACUUAGAGAAAAGGGCCCUUGUUUGGUGCACGGCCCCAGUCACUCUACACAGUAUCGCCCUACACUGUGUCACUCUACACAGUAUCGCCCUACACUGUGUCACUCUACACAGUAUCGCCCUACACUGUGUCACUGUAUACAGUAUCACCCUACACUGUGUCACUCUACACAGUAUCGCCCUACACUGUGUCACUGUAUACAGUAUCACCCUACACUGUGUCACUGUAUACAGUAUCGCCCUACACUGUGUCACUCUACACAGUAUCGCCCUACACUGUGUCACUGUAUACAGUAUCACCCUACACUGUGUCACUGUAUACAGUAUCACCCUACACUGUGUCACUCUAUACAGUAUCACCCUACACUGUGUCACUCUACACAGUAUCGCCCUACACUGUGUCACUGUAUACAGUAUCACCCUACACUGUGUCACUCUAUACAGUAUCGCCCUACACUGUGUCACUCUAUACAGUAUCAGCCUAUACAGUAUCAGCCUACGCAGUCACUCUACACAGUAUCGCCCUACACUGUGUCACUGUACAGUAUCCCCCUACACUGUGUCACUCUAUACAGUAUCACCCUACACAGUAUCGCCCUACACUGUCACUCUAUACAGUAUCACCCUACACAGUAUCGCCCUACACUGUGUCACUCUAUACAGUGUCACCCUACAUUGUCACUACACAGUAUCACCCUAUACAGUAUCACCCUACAGUGUCACUAUACAGUAUCACCCUAUACAGUGUCACUAUACAGUAUCACCCUACAGUGUCACUCUAUACAGUAUCACCCUAUACAGUGUCACUGUAUAUAUUUAUAUGUACUAUAAUUUUCAACUGCAUCAAUGAAAUUGAAGGUGCCAUUUGUAAGAAUUCCACCAUCCGAACGGUGCAAUGUCAGUUGUAAUAUCGGGGUUAUUAGGGAAAGUUGAAAUGGUGCACUUCACAAAAUGCUUGUUGAUGUUGGUGCGUUCGCAGGGACUUGAUGUUGGUGCGUUCGCAGGGACUUGAUGUUGGUGCGUUCGCAGGGACUUGAUGUUGGUGCGUUCGCAGGGACUUGAUGUUGGUGCGUUCGCAGGGACUUGAUGUUGGUGCGUUCGCAGGGACUUGAUGUUGGUGCGUUCGAAGGGACUUGAUGUUGGUGCGUUCGCAGGGACUUGAUGUUGGUGCGUUCGCACAGUGGUGCCCCCCCCCACACUGUUUCUGGAUGACUGCAUUCAUCAAUCUAGCGAGAAGGCAAUCCUUUGAGAACUGCUGUAAUUCCCUGUUUAUGCUUGGGGAAGUCUGUAAUUCUCACUGUAUGCUUGAGGGCAGUCCAGUGGGUUCUCAGUCACUGCGAUUGGAAAAACCACUGGCAGGUCUCCAGCACAGUUUCCCUGCCUACUGGAAAAGAGUGCAGAUCUGAUGUUAUCACUGAGCCUGUAAUGACAAACCCAUCAGAACUAUGCUCAUGACAGAUUGACUAAUGUCUUUAAUUGUAUAGGAUGGGGGGGGGGGGGGUCUUCCUCCGACAAAACAUCCAGAUUAGAGAGAAGAUGCAGUGGAAACUGUUAAGUGACUGCCCAAUGUGUACAGAGUCUAUCCAAUAUGUCUUGUAACUAUUUGACAUAUUUUUCCUGCCAAAUUUAUUUUGCAACGUAUGUCAAACAGCAGGAUUUCUCUGUGGGGAUGUGUUGGGCAAUGCCCAACAGUAGAAUGGGCUGGGCUUAUGUGAUCCUGAAAGAUGAAGUAGACACCUGAUUGGCCAGCUCAGUUUUAGCUUUGGGCCUAAGCAUUGGACUACAGCAGUAUUUAUUUUUGAUUCCAGGAAUUACAAGAAAAACAUUUUGUGUGAAGAAGUCAUUUCUAUUCUACCAGCACAAGAAAGAUAGAUAAAAAAUAUUUCUGACCCCAGCGUCUGUAUCCGAUAUUGUGGACACGUCUUUCCAGCAGAAAGCAGCUUUGCUCCAGUAUCCCGAGUUUGUACAGCAGAGAGCAGCUUUGCUCCAGUAUCCCGGGUUUGUACAGCAGAGAGCAGCUUUGCUCCAGUAUCCCGGGUUUGCACAGCAGAGAGCAGCUUUGCUCCAGUAUCCCAGGUUUGUACAGCAGAGAGCAGCUUUGCUCCAGUAUCCCGGGUUUGCACAGCAGAGACAGAGCUCAUCGAGAGGUGAGAUGGCCUGUGACUUCACAACCAGCGAGUCUCUACAAAAAGGAAAAAUGUCUGUUUCGCCCCAGUGCCUGGGUCCUUUGUUGUAGCUAAGGUCCAGCUCUGUUAGACCUGAGCUGGCCAACAGGAAAGCCGCAGCAAUGGUUUCACGUGUAGCGUCUUAACGCUCACACUCGGCCAGUCUAGGUAAAACAACCAGAUUAAAAUUGUUAUUCAUGGUAAUAAGUGCUCCUAAUAACGUGAUUGUCCUGUUUGUUUGCUUUAAAUAUUUGGAGUUGCAAAAUGUUAAGGUAAGAUGGACUUUUGGCCUAGAUUAUGACAUCACAAUCAGUCAUUCCAAGGGCCAGAGGACGAUCAGGGAAAAUAAAGAUGCAAUCGUUUUUGACAGUUAUGCUUUUCGAUACUCUACCGGCUCUGUCUCAGCAGAAAUGGCUCAACAGACAUUUUCAGGAACUCCACUGUAUAUUUGGUUUUGUGUUGUGUUAUAUUAUCCCGAUGGACAUUGGAUUUCUCUUCCAGUGCCUUGGGUGAAUCAGACUGCCAUGUGAGAUGUCUGUUUCUCACAGACGCUCUCUGUGGGAUCUUCACUAAAUGCACCUGCUGCUAACCUACCUGAAGAUGAAGUGUGAUGCAGUAGACAAGACCUAGCCCAGACCCAGUGAGAGAGAGAUGUUUAACUUGUUUAAGAGAACUCUUUAAUUCAUUUUCAAUUGCAUCUACAUGUCAUUAUGAACUUAUUUAAGUUAAAGGUUUUUCUGAAAUAAGUGUUAAGAAGCCAAAUAUUAUUGAUAAUGUCAAUUCUGAUACACACAUGUAUAGUUUAAUGUAGAUCGCCGUAUUCAAGCCUUAACAUUAAUUGGUUGCUUAAUUUGCCUUGGUAAAUGUUGGUAACAUGAAACUGACAUCUCUCACUGUGGUUUUUUGUCUGACAUAAACAACACUUCCUCUGGUGGAUGACGGUGGGGGGGAAAAGAGGUCAACUGAAAUGACCUAACCCCCAAAUAAAGAUGUGGGAGGGGGAAUUUGGCAGCUUCUGUGUUAUGACAGUGAAAAAAUUACCCAUUCCUGUAAUUAGUAUAAACAUAAACUCCAGUUUAUAAUUUUGUCAUCGUGAACAUGCUCUCAUCAAGAUUUCAUAGUUAAUGAUCUGCUUCUGUUUCCUGUUUUGAGUGGUGUAGAGUAGGCUACUUCC